AAAAUGACCAGGUCCUCUGAAAUGCAUUGAACGGAACCCAGGGUCCUUUGCGUCCCAUUCAGUGGACAUUAGCCUAGCUGAGAGACGCACCCCUUCAGUCGAUGAAGACCUUUCCAAGUGAAAUACUCGCGUUAGUGUUGCAGGAUGUCUGCAAGCUGGACGACGAUGAGUUUGAAUUCGCACAUAGAUUCAACUCGAAACCACCCAUCUCUACCACACGCACAGCUGCCCUGCUUGUUUGCAGGAGGUGGAAUUGCGUAGCGCGUUCGCCCAUUUAUUUCACAAUCAUACUGUCUACCGUUACGCAGGCCCGCUGCCUCGGGCGUACCUUGAGUGACCAGCCAUAUCUUGGAAAUUAUAUUCGGAAGUUGCUCUUCAACGGCGGAUUUGGUGCAACGGCCCACAGAAUACUUCAGGCGACUCCCCAUAUCACGCAUCUCUGUCUCUCCUUAGCGAUCCGCUCCUCGGACAGCACCCGAGGUCUCUGCAAAGCCAUUCAGUACAUUCAGCCUCGUUCUGUGAGACUGAAUGACUCCAAUAACGUCCACAAUAACACCCACAGCCGGGCUCUUGUUGCCGCCAUCUGUUCUUGUAUGAAGGAAAAUGGGUCAGGCUCGUUGAGUUUCGGUUUCCCUACGAUAUUCUUUGGGCUUGGAGGGAGAGGGGCGACAAUCAGCAUCAUCUCCUCGAGGCAAUGUACAACGCCCCGUUCCUUAACAUUGUGCACAUGCCUGCUCCAUAUAGUCCGACGCUCUCCUUCCACUUCUCACCAAAUCAAGCCUGUCUGCGAUUUAUAGUGAGACGCCUUUUGGUCUUAUCGCGGGGCAUCAUAUCAGAGGUACAAUCGACCAGCUUCCAGUGCAGCGACUAGCACUCUGCCACAAGAUUCACUUCCCCCUCCCUGGGCCUUGGGGUCCUACCCGUCCUCACGAAACUCUACAAGCUGACUCAAAUAACUUGAAGCUCAUGUUCCGAGUCGUGCCACCAAUUUGUAAUGGCUUCUGUGGUGAUUCCCACUACUCUGUAGGGGCUCUUGUAAAUUUUUCGGUCUCGAAUUGAGUGCAAAAAACGACGGGGUCUUCUAUUAUUGCAAACUGCUUCACAACUUAGGGUCCUCAAAUUGCGCUUUUAUUCUUCCGUUCCUCUU